CACGUCAAUUGUCAUCGACAACAUCGCAGCAAUGGCUCUUCGACUCGCAUCGCGGCGCAUGGUUGCGCCUCAGGUCUUCCGCCGUGGAAUGGCCUCCAUUGUCGAGCCCGCCAAAACCGGCACCGUCGCCGAGCCCAAGGCGGAUCCGCAGGCUCGCAACAAGAAGUUCCAGAUCUACCGAUGGAACCCAGAUGAACCCACCAAGAAGCCCUACAUGCAAACAUACACCCUCGACCUCAACAAGACCGGCCCGAUGAUGUUGGACGCCCUCAUUCGCAUCAAGAACGAGUCUGACCCGACUCUUACCUUCCGACGGAGCUGCAGAGAGGGAAUUUGCGGAAGUUGCGCCAUGAACAUCGACGGAGUGAACACCCUGGCUUGUUUGUGCCGUAUUCCUACCGACACUGCCAAGGAGUCGCGCAUCUACCCUCUACCUCACACCUACGUCGUGAAGGACCUUGUUCCGGACAUGACCCAAUUCUACAAGCAGUACAAAUCGAUCAAGCCAUACCUACAGCGGGACCAACCACCAGCUGACGGCAAGGAGAACCUUCAGUCCAAGGCUGACCGUAAGAAGCUGGACGGCAUGUACGAGUGCAUUCUCUGCGCAUGCUGCUCCACUUCAUGCCCUUCAUACUGGUGGAACAGCGAGGAGUACCUCGGACCUGCCGUGCUGAUGCAGUCUUACCGAUGGAUCGCCGACUCCCGUGACCAACGCACCGAGGAACGUAAGGAUGCUCUCAACAACAGCAUGAGCUUGUACCGAUGCCACACCAUUCUUAACUGCAGCCGUACUUGCCCCAAGGGCUUGAACCCAGCUUUGGCCAUUGCCGAGAUCAAGAAGAGCAUGGCCUUUGCGUAAUCCAUCGAUUUCAGGGGAAUGUUGUACAGCAAAAUGGUAGGGAGUUGCUUUCGGUUGGGUUUUCCGUCAUGUAGAUAUCAGUUCAUAUCAUUCUCGACACAAUUUUCAUUGCUCUCCACCGUCUGUGCCAAAACCAGUCUUUUAACGCUCGGAGACUUGUCAACAGCGUGUAAGAUUUCGGAUUAUCGCUAACGGUGACGCUCAACUACCAUACAGUUACUUCUUGCCAAACCCGAGAAACUUCUUCAUCUUUGCCUCCACAUCGAUCUUAGAUUUACCACUACUUCCACCCGAAGUGUUCUCCGGCCG